UACGCCACAACGCCGACGACUGUCACAAUUAUGGCUACGAACUUGAGGUGCCUCUUCAAAGAAACUCUCGAUGAAGACGCCCUCCAAGACAGAUGCAGGGACCUCAACCCCUCGAUCGAGGUUACGACGAAAGGCCUCGUGAGGCACCUUUCAGAUGGGUUGACAGCCGCGAUUGAACGCAGCUCCAAACACUCGCCCGAGCUGACAGCGACCAUCGAUUCAAGUUCGCUGGUGUUCGCAUUGAGCAUGGCAAUAGGAGAGGUCAAGUUCCUUUGGAAUUUCACGAUGGCUGCCCAGAGUGCUGAUGACUUCUAUUCACAGGUUACGCUUCCGAUGCUCGUGAUGCUGGCGGCCAUGAAGGAGCAGAGGGAACGGUUGUUCGCGUUGCUUAGCAAAAAAGACGCCGAGAUAAAGGACUACACUUCAUCAGGCGCGAGAGCCUCCAAAAGAAGUCUUCGCACGCUACCGUUUGAUGAGGCCGAGUUCAAGGAAGAGAUGUCGCGCGAAGGGGUGCUGAAGCGACAUUUCGCCAAUUUGACAGAAAGUGCGUUUGCUGGCGACGAACUCGGAAAAAUUAUGAAGGCUUACCAAGAGCUGUCCACUCUGAGUCCACAGAAGUCGAGCAGCCCAUCCGACAAGCAGUUGCCUGCUGAGUCUAGUGAACAGACAAGCAUGCCCACUGAGGACAUGUAUAACAGCAAGCCUGUGCAGAGCAAGGCACUGUCUCCUGAAGUAACCCCUGAAAAACCCAAGAUCAAGAAAGCGAAAAAGCGCCUAAGGCUCUAGGACUCUAUAGAGCGGUCAUUGUAUUUAAAUUUGUCCUGUAAUGCACAAUAGCAAGAUGAUUUGCUCUUUGGCGUUUUCUAGCAGAGGAUUUUCGCUUACUGUGUCACAAUGUUCUAUGCCAGUGGAAUUAUUCGUUGUUAUGCAUCAAUGUAUCCGUAAGGACCACGUGGUAUCUUCAAUGUACAAUGUAGUCAGAUUUAUAUAUAUAUAUAUAUAUGUACACACACACACACACACACAAUUUGAUUUUAUGGUCAAAUUUCUAACAAGGUCACGGCUUUCGCAAUGUUAUAAGAGUGUGCAUGAUGUUUACGAUUUUUAUAUUUAGAUCGAUUUUGCAAUGUGUCACAUAUUGUGUUUUGAACAAUGUAUCUAUUAAUUUUAACCCCUUCACCGUUUUGGACGAGUGUAGCUUGUCAGCUUGAGAUAUCUCCCCAUGGGAAUUUUAAACGAGACUCAUUCGUUUGUGGGCUAGUUCAUAUGUUACUUCAGAUGGCAGUACUAACCUCUUAAUUUAUUUUUCUUUCAGCCACUGUUUUACAUGUUCUUGGCAACUUGUGUUCUGAAAAUUCCAUUCAGGGGAGGCGGCACGUGUGUUAUUGGUCAGUCGUUGCAGGAAAGAUUUUUGUCAUAGCCAGCAUGAUGAAAUCUUUGUGAGAAUGCUGAGAAUCUUCGGACAGCGCUCUUCUUUUUUUUUUUUUUAUUGUUGAUUAAGCCAGCCUUCUCACAUGAACUAUUAAUAAUUAACGUCGUUAUGCUAAUUUGACUUAAUAUGUGCUUCAAAUUUUUUUUCCAGAUCAAUAACUUGCUUCUUGUAAAGCAAAUAUUCAUCUUUAAUAAAAGUCAGAAUUUCAGGGAGAAAGUUUCUCAAAAUAUCAAAACGGUUAAGGGGUGAAAUAGGAUUGUUGUUUGCACUUGUUUAUAUAUACAUGUAAGGAAUUUUACCAAAAAAUUUUAUGUGUGCACUGCUGCCAUAAUGCUGCAAUUGUUACUGUAAUGCACGCAAUAUCGAUUUUACUGAAACGGAAUCAAUUUUAUGUUCUGAAUGUUAUUUUGAGAUAAUCUUUAGGAGUCUGAGUGUAGUUCAGUAUUAAUGAUUCAUUUUGCAAAUGUGUUAAAACAACUUUUGCGUAGUUUUAUGUCAUAGCUAUGGUAGAAAGAAUCGUAAUAAUAACUUAGCGGGUAUUGAGAGUUAAGAUUGGGACAGUUUUUUCCCCAUGAUAAUGUGUUUUGCUCAGUGUUCCUUGGCGCCAUGUAAGCAUUACCUGAAUUGUCACAACCAGCAUAACUUAUCUGUGCAGGCAUGCAUUGUCACAAAAUUUUGAUGCAACAGAGUUAACGCAGCAUGAACAAAUUGCCACAGGCUUUAUGACGCGAGACUAGAAAAUGCUUCAGACUAUGGCCUAGACAAAAACAUUGUUUCACGGGCUUCAGCAGUCUGUUACAAAUACUGGUCCUGAACUUUGCUGGGAUGAGUUUUGUCACUGUGCUACAGAAGGUAAUUUUAGAAUGUAACAACUAUUUUGGAGUGCGAGGAUUACUAGGGAUUGUGUUGAGCGAACAAGAUGUGCUUUUUUAUAGCUCUACAGUAAGUGCUUUGUGGGAGUUUGUGUAAAGAGCUCGCCCAUUGUGUUUUCAUUGGCAUAGCUUAUGUUGGUUCUUGCUAACAACAGCUGUGACAAUUCAUUCUAAACACAAGAAAGAAGUAAAGACACCACAAACGCUGCCUAACAACUGCAAAGGUGCACAACGGCGGAAAAGAAAGAAGGCACGAAAACUUAUCUGCGCAUGUCCAGGCAAUAGGCAAACCAAUCAACCCGCACGCGUGAGGGUCUACAUGAAAGAUAACUGUUGGGGCAUUUGAUUUCUUCUUUAUACAAGUAUACAAGUUGAUCGACGGUUGACUCAUGCAUGCACUACCACUAUUAUUGAUAUGUCAUGCCUCAAUCGUUGGACGUGUUUCUUCAUUCUUGUGUCUGUACAAAACUGCGCGUUCAUCGAAUUUUGGCGUGUAAUGUAAAGAUAGAUUAGAAGGCGAGCUUCCGGUUAGUGAUCUCUUACGUUCCAGUAAUCUCUGCAGGGGCGUAGCCAGGGGGGUGUUGGGAGGGUUCCAACCCCCCGAAAAUUUUCAAUUUGCUUCCGUAUAUAUACACGCACAUAUACAAAUGCAUGCAUGAACAUAUAUAAAGUAUGGUUGAACCCCCCCCCCCCGUGAAAAAAAUUACUGGCUACGCCCCUGAAUCUCUGGUUAACACAGCGGUUCGUCUAUCCUACACAGAGAUGGCCGCAGCUAAAAGGAACCUUGUACACCACACCUGUACGGCAGUACUCGCUCAUUCUUUCUUGGCACAGCUGCACGAAUCUUACCCAGCUUAUCAGUAGCCGUAACAACAACACCGUAUCUAGUUCCCACUUUAUUUAGCCUGCGAGAUGCGCAAUAAAUGUAAGAAAUAUCUACGACACGUCUUUUUCCCUGUCGCUUUCGUGCCUUCUUUUUUUUUCCACCGUUGUGCGUUUUUGCAGUUGUUAGUUGCAUUUGUGGUGUCUUGACUUUUUCUUGUGUCAAGUGUUUGCAUGCCCUGUAUUUUAGAAGACAUACCAACUAGCUCAGCUCUCUCUCAUUCUAAGGUGUUAUGACACCUUUGCGAAACUUCUUGAACACUGUAGAUUUGUGUUAGACUGCUUCAUGCAAAUUUUAGGUUUAAAAAUUAUUGUAUGCAAAGGUGUCAUGAAUAGCUAUGACACAGAAUUUCUAGUCUUUGUGCCAAGACACCAGAACACAGGAAAUUUAUUCUUCACAGAGGUCAGAAAUGUAUUGCCAGUCUUCCGUACAUCUGAGCAAAUGAAACCUGUGCUGUAGAAUAUCAAUAGUAUGAAGUUGCACAUUACCAGUGUGGGUAUUGGUGUUAUAGGUUAGAACUUUGAUAUGCCACAGGCAGUUCUCUGCAAGGCGAAAUAAAAUGCUGCUUUGCUUAGAAUCUGUUUAAAGAAUUAUGAUUUUCAGUGAUUGAACCUUGCCAUUUGUGUUUCAUGUGCAGGAUAGAAUGUGGCAUUGUGUAGGCGAGCCUGUGUACGUGUAAAAUGGACAAGCCGUGAGCCAGAACUACCAUGCGCUCUUGUGAACUGGCUCCCGACACACUGCUGACAAAAGUAAUACAACUAUUAUUUCUAUCGAAAAGUAUACAGUGACAGAUUACUGUCCCAAUAAUGCAAGUAUGAAUUUACCGUAGGAUUACUGUUAUGUUGCAUUGCUCCUCAUGUUUACGUACA